CUUUAUUCACCAACUACUUACCACAAUCCCACGUUCAGCCCUUCAUCAGAAUUGCAUCUUGUAACAUCGCAUCCUCUUCUCCUUAGCACUCAUACAAGCUGCAUCCCCAAUACCUGAUCUGGACCCUCUGAUCGUCUGUCUGUCCACCCUCCACCCUAUUAGUUCUUCCAAACGUUGGAGCCAGUCGUCCUGAAAAGGGGGUCUUGGAGACUGGUUCAAAAUCACUGCCACUCUCCCAGAACCACACCUUUACGACCCACCCUUGACUUGUCCUGUUGAUCCUCGACUGUCUACCAUCUGUCCUUCUUCCCAUCUCAUUUACUCUGACAACCACUGUCGCGAUCUCACGUAUCCUCGCAACAAAGUCGUUACAUUCAAAUACCCUAACCAUGGCACAAGCUGCCCCCGCAGCUGAUCGCGGCCCAACCGUUCUCGCCUCAAACAAUCCCUUUCGCACUCGAGUAUCCCCAACCGCCCUGAGCCCCCCUGCUGGUCCCAUCAGGCCGACGAGCACGAAUCCCUUCCUCGACGCCUCUGAGAUGGCGGCUGUACCAAAGACCGCCCCUCCCAAUCGACAAGGCUCCUUGUCCAACACAUCCCCCGCUGAUCACACUAUUGACAUCUUUGCAUCUUUAAAUCUACAAAACUCGUCCGCCCCGCUUCCUCUCCGCAAUCAGCACUCUCCUGUCGGCAGUGACUCACGUAGGGAAAAUGUUGUCCCCAACACUCGUGGCCCAGGCCAUCGUCAGGCCCCUCAUGCCUCGGAUGAAGAACCCCGACGCCGUCCCAGUCGAAGUCGGGCACCGCCCAAGGAGCUGGACAUUUUUGCUGAUCCCUUGUCGCUGGAAAAGACCCGUUCUCGGGACCGCCGCCCUCGACGAAAUUCCGAGUCCUCGGUCCGCGACAAACCGCGAGACCUCGACCCCGAAGCCGAAAAGAGGCGACGUGAAAGAAAGCUCAGGGACGAAAAGGACGGUCGUUCCUCGCAUCGGUCUAAGAAACCAAACAGGCGACUUGAUGUCAUUGACAAGUUGGACGUUACAAGUAUCUACGGAACAGGACUCUUUCACCACGACGGCCCUUUUGACGCCUGUAACCCCCACCGAAACCGCAAGGGUGCUCGUCAAGCUCCCAUGCAAGCCUUCCCCAAGGGUUCCGCAAACAUGGCCUUGGGAGGCUCUGGCCCCGUCAAUUCAAACCUCAACCUGGACCAAUACCACGGUCGGGGUAUGGAAGCUCAUGACGAUUACAACGAGGCGGUUGUGGUGGACGCCGACGCAGAAUACCUGCGCCGCCCACAACAAGAACAAAACCCUGCCUUCAACCCAACCUCUCGUGUCGACCCUGUGCAUGGAGACCCCUCUGCUGGCCUAGGAACUAGCACGUUCCUCGAAGGAACACCGGCAAGCAGAGUUGCCAUCCAACGACGCGAAGUUGAAGCAGAGGCCUCUCAAAGGGAGGAGGCCACUGGAUUGUCCCGCACCAAAAGUCUGGCCCAGCGGAUCAAAUCUGUCCGCCCAAACAAGGUCAACGAUGGAAGUCGUGUAACCUCGCCUGGGCCAAUCAACACCCCCACGAGCCCCUUGGGCUCGGGAAAACCUGACCAAACCGGCGCCAACCCAUUUUUCAAGGACUACGACAAAGAAUACGACCGAAAGGGCGCUCAGAUUGCCUUUGCCGAUGAACAGGAUAAAGCCGGACGCCCACGAGCCCCGAGCAGCCCGAAACGUGCCCCUGGGCUGGAGAGGAAGAACACAGGAGAGAGCGCGACCGUGGAAGAACCGAAAGGAGUCGCGGGAGGAUUCCUCAACCGCAUGAAGAGCAUGAAGGGUCGGAGCAGGACUCGAGAGCGGCGCAACACUGAGACAUCGUAGUGGCGGAGCUUGGCCACGGCGAAACUGGGAUUGAAUUUGAGGCGUUUGACUGGACGAGAUGACGGAACCCGCUGACGCGCAGAAUGAUACGCGUCAGAACGGACCGAGGGAUGUGCUACGUUUGCAUGCCGCUGGCAACCACACGACUUGAUGACACGAAACAAGAAGGACCCCGACCCCGGCGCGUUGGACUGGCCACAGGACCGAAAUGAUGAUGGGAAAACGGCAACGGCAGCAUUCCGGCGUUCUUGGAAAGAAGCAAAUGGUGGGCGUCAAAGGAUCUAUUGAUGUGGCUUGCAACCUAGGAGGCCGCUUUUUAGUGAGAGCGGUGGAAUUGAAUCACCUUCAAACAGAUGUCAUCAUGGUGCUCUGCUCCCAUCAAGCCUUCCUUGACAUGCCAAAGACAUCAUCGUGGCAAGAGAAAGAGGAGGAUAGAUUAGACAUCCCGAAACCCGAAUGAUAUAGACAAGACAGAUCUGCAAGCACG